AUGGCCACGAAGGCAUGGCGGAAUGCGCGGUGUUCACGGUGGCUCUCAUUGGAUGAUCAGAUGGCCAUGGCGCGGUUGGCCGCCCGGGCCCGGCUCCCACUGCUGGCGCGAGGACGCAUCGGCAUUACCUGCCGCCGCACCUUGCCUGCACUCGCAUCUCGCAGUGCUUGGCAUGGCCGUGUGAUAUUGCGCGCCAAUGCCUCGGAGUCCAAUCCCAGGCCGGAGGACAAGAACUCCAGUGGCGCGACAUCCCAUCCACACCUGCGAGAGCUUUACGAAGGCUCUGCGCGACAGAUGCAUGCGCAGAUGGAUCGCCUGUCUAAGAUCUACCGCAACGUCCAGCUAUCCUACACAUUCCUGACGAUCAGUGGUGGAGCCUUGGUUCUGGGCAUCGGCUAUGUGAUCAUCAACUGGACGAUGUUGCGAUCCCAAGCGGCGCAAGAGUCGGCUGAGGUGGUAUCCCAGACGAUGCAAAAUGCACAAGUGCAGUUCACCGCGCGUGAAUUCUCCAAGGAGCUACUCAACCAACUGUUCAACGACGAAGAGAUCGCGUCCACUGUGGCAAGUUGGACCCUGCGCCUGCUGACCUCCAUCCAACAUGAGAUUGGGGCGCUAUUUGUUCACAUCUUACAGCAAGAUCAGGUGGUGGAUGAAGUGAACCGGCUCGCUGACAAGCUGGUGGCAUAUCUUUGUGAGAGCCAGACGAUCCAGGUCGAGACCGAGCAGGGCCAGCGCGGCCAUGCCCGAUGGGUAGAGGUCGCAGGUGCCACAUGUAUGCUGAUGGGCGUUGCCCAGUUGGUGGCUUUGGCGCAUACCAGCGCUGGAGGUGAUCCAGACGCCCUGGUGUUGGCAGCGGAGUCAAAGAAAGGCCUCUUAGAUAGUCACGCGUUUUGCAGCUAUUACGACCUACUCCUGCCUGCCGCACCUUGGAUUCGUGAUAUUGGGAUCCUGCUGUUCGUGCUGAUCUUCAUCCUUUCAACGAUCAACAAGAUCAAGGACUUCAAGGGCACAGUGAAGAUUGUGGAAGGCUUUGGGCUCCCGUGCCCCACGUUCAUGACCAUUGGGGCCAUCCUGGACUUGAUUGCCGGCUGUGUUUGCUAUCUCACGGGCAUUCCUGUCUUGAUGGAGUGGGGCGCAGAAUUCAUACUUAUCUUUAUGAUUUUGGCGAGCUAUGUGGGGCACUUCAAGCCGUGGAGGGAAACAAAGGAAGAAUUCCACAUGGAGAUGCUCCUGAAGAAUGCUGCCAUUAUCGGGCAAUGCUUGCUGACCAUUGGCUUUGAAGUUCCAGAGAUUGGAAAGGAUGGAACUCCCCUCGGCCUCAAUGGGGCCCUUGGAAGCUUCGGAGAAUUUAUUGGAAAAAUCUACCGAGCUCUCAAGCCGUACUCUUACAUUUUCAAGUACAGCGGCAUCAUUUUGUUUGUGCUGGUCUUUCUCUUUGGUGGCCUGAAGCAUCUGCUGAACUUCAAAGAGACGGUGGAGAUCAACAAGACCUUUGGCAUUCCGCUGCCAACGUUGUCAGCCUUAGUUGGGCCCUUGCUGCUCUUGGCAGGGUCCGGGAUGUACCUCACCGGCAUCCCAGUCUUCAUGGAGAUUGGCGCUGAAUGCUUGUUGCUCUUCCUGUUGAUGUCCACCUACUUUGUGCAUUUCAAACCUCUACAGCAGUCAGGAGGGGGUACCAGGUGCUGCAUGUUGACUGCAGUUCUGUAG